CUUAUCACUAUGACAAAUAGAUCACGCCUCUCGCUAUCUUUCUGCGCGCGAAGGAUUUGCUAUCGGCAUGUAUUAGACGACAGAAAAUGAAUUUUUUUUUGGCCGAGGGUUUUCCUGCAACAGUCGUUUGAAUCUCGCACAGGGUUGUGCAAGCGGCAAAUUUGAGACAGGUAAUUGCCUUGGUGAGGCAUUGUUUAAGGCUGUCUCAUGGCAUCUUUUGUAUAAAGAAUCAAAGCAGCAACUUGUACCAUGGGCAGAAUUUCUAGUGUAGGUGCUGAGAAGUGAUAUCCAUAAUGGCAAACAGCAAAUGUAACAGUGGAACCCUGAAGAAGCCAAAUGAGACAAUGAGGCUUAUCAUUACUGCAACUUUUGGAAUUGUCUUGGGUUUUUUUAUCGGGGUUUCAUUCCCACGUAUGGGUGUUUCAAAGUUCAAUUACUCAACUAAGUUGUUUGGAUCUACAUUUGAACUUCCAUUCCCAGAGGAUAGAAAUUCAGGCUUAGAAACUCAAGUCAUGCUGGGUCAUGCCUGGACAUCAAUGUCUGGUUCAAAUAAUAGUAAAUCUGCACAGGAUUCUGGAUCUAAGAGCAGCUCUAAGAUUUAUGUACCCGCAAAUCCUCGUGGAGCAGAGACACUUCCUCCUGGAAUUGUUGUCCCAGAGACAGACUUAUAUCUCCGUAGAUUGUGGGGUAAGCCCAGUGAGGACAUUGCAUUCAAACAAAAGUACUUGGUGACUUUUACAGUUGGCUUUGAACAAAGGAACAUUGUUAAUGCUGCCGUUUCAAAGUUCUCAAAAAAUUUCACUAUUCUACUGUUUCAUUAUGAUGGGAGGACAAGUGAAUGGGAUCAGUUUGAGUGGUCAAAGCGAGCAAUUCAUGUCAGUGCAAGAAAACAGACAAAAUGGUGGUUUGCGAAGCGAUUUCUUCACCCUGAUGUCGUUUCAUCUUUUGAAUAUAUAUUCAUCUGGGAUGAAGAUUUAGGAGUUGAACACUUUGAUGCUGAAAAGUACCUACAACUUGUUAGGAAGCAUGGCUUGGAGAUAUCGCAACCUGGUUUAGAGCCAAACAAAGGCCUAACGUGGCAAAUGACCAAAAGAAGGGGUGAUUCUGAAGUCCAUAAGGAAACACAAGAGAGACCUGGCUGGUGCCAUGACCCACAUUUACCCCCAUGUGCAGCGUUUGUGGAAAUAAUGGCUCCUGUAUUUUCCCGAAAAGCAUGGCGGUGUGUUUGGCAUAUGAUUCAGAAUGAUUUGGUUCAUGGAUGGGGUUUAGAUUUUUCUCUGCGGAAAUGUGUAGAGCCUGCACAUGAGAAAAUUGGAGUUGUGGACUCACAAUGGAUUGUCCACCAAGUUGUACCUUCACUAGGAAAUCAGGGUCAGUCGCAAAAUGGAAAAGCACCUUGGGAAGGGGUUAGAGAGAGGUGCAGGUAUGAAUGGUCACUCUUCCAAGAACGGUUGAAUAGAGCAGAAAAAGAGCACCUGAGAGGAAAUACUGCGAGAUAGUGGAAUUACAGCAGUUUUUUUUUCAUAGAUCUAGAUAGUUUCAAGAGUUGUAUAUAUUUGAUAAGUUUGAUUUUGUAACACCUUUGAGGCAAUUCUUUUAGGGAGAGUUUUCACCACCCAUCAAUUUUAUAACUCUCAAUUGUUGUAAAGUGCCCAUCCUAUAAGUUAAAAAGUUAAAAACCCAUUUUGAAUAAAGGUUUGCUUUCUCUAGCUGCCAAUUAAAGGCAUCGAUAGAAUUUUGAUGCACAUAAGUUCAAUUAUGUAUAUUGAUGAUUAUUGUAGCCUAAGCCUAUGCAAUAUAUUCUUCUUUUGGUA